GGCAUUUGAGAUAAACAAUAUUUGUUCAUUGCUAAAAUGAUUGGCUGUUAUUGCUGUAUGGAUUUUCUUAAAUUCCAGGAAAUUAUACAUUUGCUAAACUUAUUACUUGAUGAAACAACCUUAUUACUUGCAUCUUAUCCAAAAUUUGUUUGGUUAUUCACCCUCAGGGGAACCUUUAUAGCUUAGUUGCAACUUUCAACAGAGAUCUUCCAGCAUGUGAGGUUUAACAAAAGAAGGAAAUAAAUAGCUUCAACAAUAUUGUUGCCAUGAUAUUAUGGAUUUAUGGCAGACAUGCAUUAGGUUGAUUAGACAUGCUUCUUAGUUGACAUUCCAUUCAACAAAAAGUUAGUGAGAUAACCAACAAUAAUUCUGCCCUUUCUAGAAAUCCUGGAAGGGGUUAUACCAAACAGAGCAGGUCCUUCUCACUGAACUGCUCUUUGCAGAGCAUAACGUAUAAAGAUUGUGAUCUAAGUCGCUCAUGUCUGCUAGAGUGGUUAGCACCUCAUAUCUUUGCACGUGCUAGGACCAGGGAUUAAUCUGAGAUACUUGCAGAUCAGGGGAAUCAAAGAGGGCAGAAGCAGGAGGAGCUCUACUAGGCUGCGGAAAAAAGCUGGAGAGGGGGAGAUACAAAGGCAAAUCAAAGCUCAGGAAAGGAGAAAUGUAUCUGCACUGCACUGCAUUGCAUUACAUGGAGUAAAAGCAAAACCAACCAAAUCUCACAUACAACACCCAGCAAGCAGAACAAGUAAGUCCAACUGUACUCUGCUCAUCCUACGUGUGCCCCAUGUGGGCAGCAACAACAGCUCUUCCCCGUAUGUCUUUCUUACCCAACACUCCUCUCCUCCUCGUACCCUGGCCGUGCACUACACCCACCCUACAAAAGGGCUCUCGUUUUCUCCUAAACCCAGAGUAAAGACGAUGCCUGAUGAUCCAUCCAGAAGCAGCAGUGUAGUUUGAUCAGAUUGUACACCCAUAUAUGCCGGAGGAGCAGCAAAACACAAUGGAGGGGAAGGCGAGGAGACAUGCCAGCCCAGCAGGGAUGCGUACCAGGCCCGUCAGGGUGGAGCCGGAGCCUCCACCGACCAUGAAGCAUGAGGUAGGGACGACAAGGGUGGCAGUGGUGUACUACCUGUGCUGCAACCACCAGCUGGAGCAUCCACACUUCAUGGAGGUGCCCCUCGCCUCCCCGCAAGGUCUCUACCUGCGAGAUGUGAUUAGCCGACUGGACACCCUGAGAGGGAAGGGCAUGGCAGCCAAGUAUUCCUGGUCCUGCAAAAGGAGAUACAAGAAUGGGUUUGUCUGGCACGAUCUGUCUGAGGGUGAUCUGCUUGUGCCCGCACAAGGCACCGAGUAUGUCCUCAAGGGCUCCGAGCUCCAACUCGACCAGUCAAAGUCACCGCUGCCACUAGUACCAGGCCAUCAGCAGAAUAGUAGUAUAAGCGAUGGAAAGGUUCGGCUCCACAAGGCAACUCGACAACAACAGUCACCUCUUUCCCGUCGAUUGAAUCAAGGGUGGCCUUCUAUGUCUCCAUGCCCUGAUCCUGCUGUUUCAAUCAUCAAAGAGGCACUACCACCUUCCGCUGUUAUUGUUUCAGCCAUAGAAAAGGCAGCCGUCCAGCCAACAUUGCUGUCAUCACCAUCUGCUUCCACCAUAGGUUACGACGAGCGAUGCAGGGUGCCACCUUCAGGUUCCUCAAGCAACUCGUCCCCCAAGACAAGCACACUUUCCUCCGGUGCAAGCUCACCCGGCAUCAACAAUCCUGCGGUAGCGCACGACAUGGCCACACAAACAGACGACAAAGCCAGAGGGAACAAUACAACGCUCAAACAGAGACAAGAUGUAGCAGGCGUGACCCUGGAAAGGCCAGAAAUUGCUGUCGAGUCCCAUCCCAGGCAUCCACCUGCAGGAGAGCGCCCUUCCAGUAGGAGGAGUAGCACAUUGCAGUCGCUGAUAAGGGCAGAAGCGGCUGGCAGGAGGAGAGGCCUACUGGAGGAGGAUGAAAGGACGGCUACAACGGGCUCUGUCAGCGGCAGGCUGAAGCCAGCCAACUUGCUCAUGCGCCUCAUGGCCUGCGGACCGAACAACCCUGGCUUCGGCCUUGUUCAGAAAUCAUACAAGCCACAGUUCACGUGGCUCGAGUACCCGUCGGCAUCUCCAGAGCUGUCCCCUCUUGGUGUGCUGAAGCCUGGGACUAGUAGCACGUCCACUGCCAGAGCUUCAGAAACAGAGAACUGCACUGGUAGCCUAGUUGGCGGUGUUGCAGGCAGGCUUGAAUGCUCUUCUUCGUCUCGCGGUCACCAGGAUGGAGUUUGCGAGGAAGCGCGCUUGUCGAAAGGGGACUUGGGUAGCCUGUGCAGGAGCACGAGCAAAAGGAUGGGCGAUCCGUCAUCAUCGGGCAGUGUGGUUCCAUGAUGAAAUGGAGAAGAUGGCCGAGAUGGAAGAAAGGUGGUAUAGCGGCUUUCUUCAGGAGCUCGGGUCAUCAUCCACUAGUUAACUGCUCGAACAAAAUCAGUUGUUUCGGUGUCAAUGCAACGAAAUAGGGUGUUGUGUGAAGGAGAUAAUAAGUGACCAGAAAGUAUAUUGAUGUACGUACUAGUAUUUCUUCUCAGAACAAUAAUAAUGACAAUGUUUGUAGUACCAACUACUAACUUUGCUUUGGGAGGAAGUAACUAUCGUGCCUUACUGCAAGCUCUCGUAGUUAUUGCUAAUAAACUGGAGUGGGAGAAGGGUACAUAGUGCAAAUGUAAGAUGAGAUUCAGAUCUGGCACCCAGCUAUCUGCUAAUGAAGUGGAGUACGAGGUGCUCACUGCUCUGGAAACCUUCGUACGCACGUACGCUUACGGA